GCUCCGGCUCAGCUCGCAGCCUGGGAAGUUUGAGUGACUGCAGACACCCGCAGGAACAGCAAAGCAAACCCGUAAAUAUGAAUGCAUCUCGGACACGUCGUCACGACUCACGACCGCUUUAUUUUGCAUUCCCACAUGCUUAAACGAAGGAACAUUAAGUACACAGCAUUACCUGGGUCUGCACAAUAGCCGCUGUCAUGAAGUCCAUUAAAACGGUGCUUUCUUUGAAGUGUGCCAGAUUUUAAAAUAAUCGCCGUGUCUGGAUCGCGAAGGGGAGCCCGUGAGUCGUAAAAGAGCGUUCGGUGGCAGUUUACUGUAACGGACAUCAAUCAACUGUCCGAAUCCCACUUUGAUUUUAUUAUUAAAAGGGCGGAAAGAGCAGGGGAGCGGUAAACGAUCUGCUUUUAAAACAUCGCCCCUACCCCACUGGCGAGAAGGAGACCGGAGACCGCAGCAGACAUGAAAAUGUAAUUUUGGGCAGAGUGACCUGGCCAUCUAUGCGGAUGGGAGCAUCGGAACAGGUCAUUGCGGCACAUUGGGUCCGCUGGAGGAUAAACACGCAGAACCGGGCAGCAUCUGCCAGUUCGCCCCUCACCCCCAAAAACAUUUUUCAGUAAAGCCGGGGAUAACUCAUCUGGAAAGAAACUCAAGGAUCCCUUCGACUUAGUCUCAGAAAGAGCCAGGAAAAGGAGUACUGGCUUCCAUCUCUCGGAUUACAAGUGUCGACAAUGUUUUUUGGGGUAACGGGAGGGAGGGAGCCUUAAGCCGUGCUUCUUCGUGCAUCCGAGCCCGACCGAGCGGACCGAGCCGGACCCCCCCACUUUGGACCGAGGCUUCUGCCCGUAACCUCCUCCGAGAUUCAGCCCUGCAGGAUUGAAACAUGUCAGAGCGCUCGCUGAAGUUCGUCAUGAUUCUAAUUUGUGUAGCAGUGGAGGGCCGGCUGCCUCCUGAGGGUGUGGCCAGGCUCGCCUCCACGCCCAUGUACCUGCCUGUGGACUUCCAGCUCCUGAAUGCAGAGGCCGCUUUCUUCCUCAGGGAGGCCAACCAGGAUAUCAUGCGUAACUCCAGCCUGCGUGUGCGGACCGAGCCCUUCUUCGUGUACCGGGCCAGGCGACCCCCAUCAGUCAGCGCCACCUACGGGCCGCUGUCGGUGGAGCAGGUUGUGCCUCCGGAGCUCUUGCAGGCCCCGGGGACCCCUCCAGGCCCCUUUUCCUCCUCUGCUGCCACCACCUUCCCCUUUAAUUGGAAGGUGAGGGCGGUUCUGGUGCGCGACUGGGUUGUGGCAAGCCGACCUAAGGUGCAGACGCUGUUCCACGUGACGGGUUGGGACUGGGAUGACUACACCGCAGCGGACCAGCUGCCCUGUGUCACAGCCUUCGCCUUCCAUGAGACUCAGGAGGUCCGGGCCUCUUGCCGCCUGCAGGGGGCGCUGGCUCUCUGCGUGGCUGAGCUAGAGCCACUGGCCAGCUGGUUUGACCCCCCAAGCGUGGUCCCUGGGCGGCAGAGGGCCGCCCAGACUGAAGGCACCCCUGUGGAGUUGUACUACGUGGUCCGUCCCACAGAGAGCGAGGAUUGCGGGCGGGAGGACGAUGCCCAGCGAGGGGGGGCAGGCGGAGAGCGGGGUGCUUAUGGCUCGGCACCUCUGCUGAGGAUCGGCAGUGUGAGGCUGUUCCAGAGUGCUGCCGCCCUCCCCCACAGCGACGUCCGCAUGGAUGACAACUUCAUGGUGCAGAUGCCGCCCCAGCCUGUCCGCCGGAAGGGGACCAUCAGCGUCUUUGUAGCCACCUCCAGCUCCUCCCUGGUAGAGAUGUUCACGCUGAGGGUGCGGCUGCAGGAAGGUGUGGCAUUUCUGGGCGCCAGACCCAGCAACCCGCUUCUCUGGACAGUCAGCCAGGAAGCCAGAAGUGAGGGUCACCGGGAGGUCACCCUUCACUGCCACCGCAAGACACCCACAGUGGGGCAGAGGUCGAGGGCCUCUAUCCACAAGGUCCUUCAGGUGGACUUGGAGGUGGACGGACUCUCGGAGCCCUGGGCUGGCCGCUCCAUCACCUGGCAGGUGGAGUACCCAGGCACGCCUACGCCUGCUGGAGAGGCGGAGACCGUCGUCUACGUGGUGCAGGAGGAGCUGCAGGGGAUACUUCCCUUGGCCAUGGAUGCAGAGAUCCUGAACACGGCCGUGCUGACGGGCCGGACUGUGGCUGUCCCCGUGAAGGUGGUGGCUGUGGGAGAGGACGGCGUACUCGACGACGUCACCGAGUCUGUAGAGUGCCACUCAGCUGAUGACGACGUGGUCAAGGUGUCGGAGAGGUGUGACUACGUUUACGUCAACGGGAAGGAGAGGAGGGGCCGCAUACGCAUGCUGGUGAAUUUCACCCUGAGCUACCUGAGCACCCAUCUGGAGAUGACGGUGUGGAUGCCACAGCUACCACUCAGUAUCCAGCUGUCCGACACCGAGCUCAGCCAGAUCAAAGGCUGGCGGGUGCCCCUCGCUGCUGGUAGCCAGAGGCUCGCCCGUGAUGGCGAGGAUGACGAUGACGAAGAGCAGCGUGGCCGAGGCUGCCCACUGCAGUACCAGCACGCUUUGGUGCGAGUAUUCACGCGCUUUGUGGCUGACCCAACUUCGCGUCGUGCAACGGCAGAUUUCCUGCUGGGAAGCGACUGGCAGGUGGAUGUGUCAGAUUUGGUCAGGGACCGGCUGAAAGUGGUCGACCGGCGAGUUGCCCAGAUACUGGACGGCCAGGUGCUGAUGGGACUGGAUCCUGGUGUAACUGCCAUCCAGGUGCUCUCCCCCCUUUCGGACGCCGUCCUGGCAGAGAGGACGGUGAAGGUCCUGGAGGACAAGGUGACCAUUGUGGAGUUGGCGGUGCAGCUGGUGGCAGGCCUGUCCCUGUCUCUGCAGCUGAGCCCAGGGAGCAACAGGGCCAUCAUCGCCACGGCGACCACACAGGAGGUGCUGAACAGCCCAAAGCAGGAAUCACUCAUCAGCGCGUGGAUGCAGUUCAGCGACGGCACCACGACCCCACUGGACUUAUACAAGCCGGAGCACUUUGUGCUGACAGCGGUGUCCCUGGAUGAGUCCGUGGUGAGGGUGUGGCGGAGCGAGUCAUGGCGCUGGCCAGUGAUUGUGACACAGGCUGAGGGCCAGGGGGCGCUAGUGCGCGUAGAGCUGUCACCGAACCAGACCUGCCAGAGGUCCAAACGACGUGGGGCCAUGGCCACUGGCACUGCUAGCGUACGGGUCAAGUUCGGUGGCGUAGGGGAUGAGCUGGCAGGCCGCAGGCAGCGUCCAUCUGAACGGGAUGGUAUGGGGUCCAGGGCACCCCCCCAAAGCUCUGGAUUCGACCGGGAUUCUGACAUAACGGGUACCACCAACACUAGCACCACUCCCAGGGUAGGCACCGGCCAACGGCCAGUGGGCCGUGAACACUCCGCUCAGGAUUCCCCCGCUGACUUCCCUGAACAGCCCGACCUUCCGGUCCUGGAGGAUGACCUGGUCCAGAGCGACCGUGGAUUAUCAGACCUGGAGAUAGGCAUGUACGCCUUGCUGGGCGUCUUCUGUCUGGCCAUCCUUGUCUUCCUCAUCAACUGCAUUGCUUACGCCCUGAAAUACCGCCACAAGCAGCCGCCAACAGCGGGUGGACCACAUGUCAACCACUCUCAUGAUUGGGUGUGGCUUGGCGCAGAAGCAGACCUUCUGGAGAGCCACGCCCACCUCUCCCAGCAACAGGAUGAUGAGGGUGGGCGGUUGCUCAAUGGCACGUCUGUACAGAAGGACACCUCAGGUCAGGGUCAGCGCGACCACAAAAUGGAGCUGCUAAACUCACCCACGUCCAAGCGCAAGCGGGUGAAGUUCGCCACCUUCGGUACUGCUCCACCGGGCCGCGGCUGCCCCUCCAUCAGUCCCCUGCUCACGGUGCCCCCUGAGGACAUCAAGUGGGUGUGCCAGGACAUGGAGUUGGGCAACGCCAUGGAACUGCGAGACUACAUGGAUAGGCUGAGCGAUAAUGGCACCAAGAUGGCCGCCUAGCGGCAAUCACUGCCAUGCACUCGGGUGCGAGGCUGACAGGCUCAGCUCAAGACUCAAGUGGCAGGGCGGGGCAUUCCACCAAAAUACGUCACUAUGGAAGCGAAGGCCCAUGUGCUAAAAACUCAUGCGUAAGGCUGCAGAGGGAAAGACGAGGGUGUGGCUCAGUGCUGUUUCCUGUCAUGUGAUGCCAGCUGGUUCCCUUUGUACACUCACCCAUCAUUUAGCCUUUGGGGGGGUGGGGCUCAGCGCCGUUUCCUAAUAUGUGAUACCAGUCUGCUUUUUGUAAUACUCACUCAUCAUCUGAACUUUGUAUGUUAUUGCUUGUUUUAUUUUGUUGCUGUUCCUGGUGUUGUUAAAUGAAAUAAAUCCCCCACACUGUACUUGCUGAA